AUGAAAUAUGAUGAAAUAAAAAAAUGCUUCAGUUCCGAAAAUCAUUACAAACAGACAAAGCAAAUAAAAGAAUAUAUAAUAGAAAACGACAUGUAUGGUAAUUUCAAUUAUGAAAGUGAAAUAACUUAAGGAGCAAUUCAAGCAGUAGGAAACAUUUUGGAAGAUGCCAAUUCAUAGCCAAUCGAGAAGUUAUUAUCUACAAGAUUAGUGAAGGAAAUAAUGGAUUGUCAUAUUGCUUUGGUUAUCGAAAAAGUGUAAAUAAAAAUCAUGCCAAUUUAUGAACAAAUUCUUAUAUAAUUUUGUGAGAAAGGACAAAAAGCAAAGUAAUACUUCUCCAAUAAACCUGAUGAACAGCUGAUGGUUCUUGGCAACACAUUUAUCCGACUGAUAAGUGAAUGCAUAUUUGUGUGGAAUAUUUGGCAUCCAAACAUAGACGGAUAACAAUCAGCGUAUUCAAGAGUAUACAAUAAUUUAGUUUCAAAGGGAAUUCAAUUUCCUAAACUCUUUUAUUUCAAUUCUCAAAAAGUCAAGGAAUUCUACAUACAAUCUAAAGAAUAAGUGAACUGUUCUCCAUUUGUGUACUCAAACAACAUACAACCAGAUUUCUACUACAUUAAAAAAAGACUAGACGGAAACCAAUUCCAAAAAAGUGAUCUCAUUAUCAUAAGGAAUGAAUUACUCUGUAAGUCAUUAAUAAAUAACGUCUUCUAGCCCUAAAAAGCAGCGAACUCAAUUCUAGUUAAGCAAAGUUUAUCAGAAAUUUUGAAAUAGCAUUUAAAGAUUUUGAGAAGACUCAGAGAUUUGAUGAACUGUAGAUUAUAAUCUAAUCCAUUUGUUUAGAAUUUGAUGACGAAGUUUUUGAUAAAUAGGCAGCCAUUGAUGCAUUUCAAAAGAGGUAUCAAUCGAAUCAGAGCAAUUUCACUCCUUGCAAACUACAAGGAGGAGCAGGUGGCUAUUCAACUGAUAAGAUUAGUCAAUUUCUAUCAAAUGGAAUCACAAAAUUCAUCGCCCAAUGAAUAGAAGCAAUAAUUGCAAAUUUUGAAUGAAAAGAAUAGAAGGAUCGAACAAUUAUUGUUAGAAAAUUCUCUUUUGUAGAAAUAAGUAAGAAAUUUUGAAGAUCAGAUUCACACUCUAAAACAAAAUCUAUCCUAAAAUAUUGAAUGA